AUGAAUGAAGAGCUGACAAAGGAAGUAUCAGACUUGGAGAUUAAGGAGGCAAUACUUCUUAUUGGUCCGGAUAAGGCUUCAGGUCACGAUGGUUUUUCUGCAUCUUUCUUUAGACAUUUCUGGACUGAUGUUGGGGAAGAUGUUUGUUUAAUGGUCAAAAAAUUCUUUGUCACAGGAGAAUUGGAACCAAGGAUGAACCAUACACAACUCUGCUUAAUACCAAAGGUGGCUGACUCAGAUCAGAUUUCAGAUUACAAGCCAAUCAGCUUAUGCACUGUAAAUUAUAAAAUAAUUUCAAAGAUCUUGGUCUUGCGUUUAAAAAAGAUCUUGGGAGUUAUAAUAUCAGAUAAUCAAGCUGCUUUUGUUCUUGGUAGACAGAUACACGACAAUGUUAUGGUUGCUCAUGAGUUAAUACAUGCUUUGAAGUCAAAACGCGAUUGUGCAGAGAAAUAUAUGGCCAUCAAGACAGAUAUUAGGAAGGCGUAUGAUCGGGUCGAGUGGAAUUUCCUCGAGGAGGUAAUGAGGAAAAUGGGAUUCUCUGAGGUUUGGAUACGCUGGAUAAUGACUUGCGUCAGGUCCGUGACAUUCUCGAUCAUAAUCAACGGAUCAGAUUAUGGUCAUGUGCAACCAACUCGAGGAAUUCGCCAAGGUGAUCCUCUUUCGCCAUACCUUUUCUUAUUCUGUGCUGAAACAUUAUCACAAAUGCUUCGACAAACAGAAGCUCGAAAAGAAUUUCAGGGUAUGACACUUACAAAACAUUGUCCAUCGGUGUCCCAUCUUUUAUUUGUUUAUGAUUCUCUCUUCUUCUGCAAUGCUACUCAUGAAGAUAGUACACGUAUGGCGAAAAUCUUACAAGAAUAUGAGCAAGUAUCAGGGGGAGGUGGAAAGUAUUUAGGGCUUCCAGAACAGUUUGGAAGGAGCAAAACGAAGGCUUUUCAAGGCAUUGUGAAUCGGGUUAAGCAGACAGUUGACGGAUGGUUGUAUAGAGGGAGAUACCACAAAAUUUCGACGUUCCUAGAGUCGAGUAGUGGCACGAAUCCAUCAUAUGGAUGGAGGUCAAUUCAAGCAAGAAAAGUCUUGCUCAAAAAAGGGUUACAGCGUCAAGGAAAUAACGGAAAGAUGAUGGUGGAAGAGUUAUGGAAAACGGGAAGAAGAGAAUGGGAUGAGGAAAAGCUUGCAGCAGUGUUAAUACCGGAAGAUGUCUUACUAGCGAAGCAAAUCAGACUGUCUAGAUAUGCUGAAAGAGAUGAAUAUGUGUGGCCAUAUACAACGAGGAGUGUAUACAGUUAA